AAAUAGUUCGAAACUUUCGUUAAUAUUCUGAAGGUUUAUUGACGGACGCUCCAAGGUGCGAGGAUUUAAUUUUGAAUAGUUUGGCGGUAGUUUAAAAAAAUCGGGGAACUUUCGUUUCCGGUAUAUUAAGUUAGAGAUCCUGUACUCGAAACCAAUAUUAUAUGAUAUCACCUCUGAUCAACUACAAGCGACAAUCACACAAAAUGAAGAUGCAUUGUCGUUGAGGAGAAGGAUGGAUAAAUACCUGGGGAUAGUUCCCGAAUAAUUAGAAAUCCUUUACCGAAAAUGAAUCAUCGUGUUAAAAAGGCUUUCCCGAUACUCCUUGUCCUCUACGAAAUAAUAGCUACUUCAAAAGCGGCAGAAUCUAUAGAAGCGAUCCCUCCGACCACCUUAGAGCACUUGACGAUCAGUCCAGAGGUGACGACGAUGGUGCCUGAAGUGGAACGGAAAAAAGUGGAACCUCGUGAAAAUUUAAGCAAACACGAUCAUCCGGAUACCACAAAGAUCGAACUUGGUGCGACCAGUAUUACUAUGCGACAACGUCACGGCAACGGACAUAACCCAAACAGAGUUGUAAUUCCUGCACACUUCCAUUUGUCAGACUCCCGAUUCGGGCCUUUUUUCGAAGAAGGAUCGGAAGUGACUAACGUAACGGCUAGAAUUGGUUCGACCAUAAAUCUCGAUUGCCGUAUCGGACUUUUGGGAGACAAAACCGUGACGUGGACCCAUCAAAGAAAUCAGUCAAUUAAUCUUCUAACCGUCGGUCGAAACGCUUACAGCAAAGACGAACGGAUCCAUUUAGCUUUCCGUUACCCGAAUAACUAUCGUUUGCAAAUAUCCUACGUUACUCGAAGAGACGACGGCAUGUACGAAUGUCAGGUUGCAACCCAUCCGCCGAAAAUUAAGAGGAUAUACCUCAAGAUCACUGCUCCAGUUUUAAAAAUUGUGGACGAAUCGGGAAGAAGAGUUUUCGAGCGAUACUACAGAGCGGGAAGCACUUUGCUUCUAACAUGUUCAGUGAGCAGCAUCGGUUUUUCAGAAAAUGGACAACCCGAUCGUGACAUAAUCUCCUGGAAACAUGGCGAUCGAGUUCUCCAUGUGGGCAGCAGUCUAAAUAUUUCCAAGGAAACCGAUUCUGCGGUCUCCACUUUAACCAUCAUGCCGCUGGAGAAAAGCCACUCUGGGAAUUACACCUGUUCUGUCGGAAAUUUAGCUGAAACUACAGUAACCGUACACGUACUUAAUGGUGAGCUACCCGCUGCGGUUCAGACAGCGGGAGUUCGAACGACAUCUAUUUCAUCGUGUGUUUUGUCGAUUCUCCUCUGUAUAUCAAUGUUCCGAAGGUGAUUAGAAUUUUAAAUAUUGGAGUCGAAAUUCUUCUAGGGUAGUAUAAAGCAAAUGGAGCGCCCAUAAUGCAUAAACGACAAAGUUAAGUUGCGAAGUUUAUGGCGCAAUAAAAGUGAUACCAUAUCAAAGAUGAUGUGAAUGGACCAAUAAA